CCGUAAAGACCACUACCUUUCAUAUCUUCAUAAACUGUAAAUGAUACAAGAUAUGGUGGGAAAAUUCAAUGUCAGGAUAUACAAUAAAAAUGCUCGUUAUUUUCUUAAAUGGUUAACUGUGUGCGAGCCUGGGGAAUAAACUCUUAUUACCAUUUCUAGAGUGAGUGCAAAUGGACACAACAAGAGAAUGUAAUACAGUAAUACACAACUAGGUUGUUAAAUGGAGUGCAGGGAAGUGCGAAGCGGUUGGGACAAGGUCUACUUUGAUCUGAAGAAGAUUGACCAAGGGGCCUGCCGCCACUUCCAAGAGCUGAGUCAGAGGGCCUUUUGGUCAGUGAGAGGGUCUGGUGCCACCACACAACACUCUGGUACCUUGCCAACAGAAACUACCCAUCUCCUAAUUCAAUUUUACGGCAGCCAUAUUUGUUCCAAAAUUCAUAACUAGUAUAUAUA